GCCCGACCAUCGAGAGAAACAACACGAGAUCUACCAUCGUCUCAUACCCUGGUGGCCCAUCUCUCUUAACUGAGCAGCCUAAGCCAGCUUACCUUACCUACCCUUACCUAAAUCCCCCUGUGUCCGUCAUUCGAGGUGACACAGACAUCCCCGCCUUUCAAGGUUUCUGUCUCCAGGGCUCUCCAGGGCUUCUCUCGAUUAUCCCGCCGACCAACCUAUCGGAUACCCUGCCUCUACGGAGUACAUCAUUUACAUCCACUUUGACGUCCAGGUCCCUAACCUGCCUAAGCCUUGGUUCCAGAACAGACACACACGCGAACUUGUCUGACUGAACUGUUUCGUUUCUUUCUUUUUUUUCGUCCUCGACCUUUCGAUCUCGACUUCGACCUCGAUUUUUCUUCGUCCACACCUGUUGCACUUGUGCACUACCUCUACACCCAACCCACCUUUCCUUUCUCUCCCAUCGGCGGACCACCCUAAUCCUUCCUUCAUAUUCAACCUGAAUGUGUACAUGACGAAUACUCGAGUCACCGACUUCAUCCCGAUCCCCUUAUAAGCCCACGGGCUGCAUUAACCAGGCUUCCUGUCAUAAGUCAACCUACACAGGAAGUUAUGGCUGACACUCGAGCGCAUUUGGGCUCGACCUCUCGUCGUGCGAGAGCCGCCGAUGAUGUCGUUGGUCAGUUCGUUAUUGGUUCCGAGAUAGGCAAAGGUAGCUUCGCCCAGGUAUAUAUGGGCAGGCAUAAGGUAUCCGGUGCUUUGGUUGCGAUCAAAUCCGUCGAGCUCGCACGGUUAAACAAGAAGUUGAAGGAGAACCUCUAUAGCGAAAUUAAGAUUCUCAAGAAGCUCCGACAUCCUCACAUCGUCGCCCUCCAUGACUGCAUCGAAUCUAAGACCCACAUCAACCUCAUGAUGGAAUACUGCGAGCUAGGAGAUUUGUCGUUAUUCAUCAAGAAGAGGGAAAAGCUCAUCACACAUCCUGCCACUUGCGAUAUGGCCCGAAAAUACCCAAGCAUACCCAACGCAGGCCUCCACGAAGUCGUCAUCCGCCAUUUCCUCAAGCAGCUUGCGAGUGCCUUACAAUUCCUACGAGCAGGCAAUUUCGUCCACCGAGAUAUUAAGCCACAAAACCUCCUACUUCUUCCGUCGAUUCAAUACAGAGAGACCAACAAAGACAGCCGCCCGAUUCUUGGUGCUAGUCACGACUCGUUAAUACCGGCAGUCGGGUUGGAAUCACUACCAAUGUUGAAGCUUGCUGAUUUUGGCUUCGCUCGUGUAUUGCCAUCGACAUCUCUAGCAGAGACGCUGUGCGGAUCUCCCCUCUACAUGGCGCCUGAAAUCCUACGUUAUGAGCGAUACGAUGCCAAGGCAGAUCUGUGGUCUGUUGGGACUGUCGCAUAUGAGAUGGUAUGCGGCAAGCCUCCAUUCAGAGCCAGUAAUCACGUUGAGCUUUUGAGGAAAAUUGAGAGUUCUGAUGCUAAGGUCAGCUUUGGUCGAGAAUGUCAAGUUAGCUCGGAUCUCAAGUCCUUGAUUCGCGCCCUUCUGAGGCGCAAUCCUGUUGAAAGAUUGAGUUUCGAGGACUUCUUCAACCAUCAUAUUAUCGCAGGUGAUAUACCUGAUCUGGUUGAAGAUGAUGUACCCAGGAUACAAAGACAGCCAUCGACAGACGUGCGUGCCGCCUCUAGGACUAACGAGCUUGGGGAGAGUCCGCGACGUAUGUCGACCCAUCGUCGAUACGGUACAGAAGCCGACGCUAUGCGCCACGAUGCUCGUCCUCCCUCGCCUCGUGAAAGACCGCUCAAACCGUCACCUCUAUCCUCCCCGACCGAAUUCAACAACCAAAACCUCUCAACCCAGGGUAACUCACGUGCAGUACAGUCUCCAGACGACGACAUAGCACCAGGCCUUGGGAUUCGACGGCCGCAGGCGAUACCUUCUACAUCAGCACCCACUCGACCAUCAUAUGCUGAGGAUCGUCGCAGACGCGGACUAUCAAAUGCCUCGGUAAACAAAUACUCUCACAGUCAAUCUCCGCCAAAUGAUGAAAUCAUAAAAGGCAAGGGGAGAUCUGAACGUUCUACAGCGGAUGAACGAGAAAGAGCAGCACAAGAGAUCGCUUUCGAGAGAGAUUACGUUGUAGUAGAAAAGAAGCACGUGGAAGUGAAUGCAUUUGCAGACGAAUUAGCUGCUAAAGGAGCACAAGCCCAAGCAACAUCCCCUAGGUCGGGACAAAUAAUUCGUCGUGCGACACAACAGGGCGUGCCAACGUCGACGACGGGCGCGAUUCCCGCCCAGCCCUCUAAUGCGCUACAAAUCGCACAGGGUAGGCAACGACAGGAACACUAUCGCCGAGGCUCAUACGAUAAGAACAUAUCCAGUAGCCCCGGCUCUACGACAUCCGCUAUUUACAAUGCUAUUUCAGAUGCGAGCUUGAGGUUUUUCGGCUUCAAAUAUCCAACACAUCUGCUUGGUAAGGGAACGUCACCCCCUAACCCUUACAAUGCGUUCCCGACGUAUCCCACACCGCCUGCUCCCGUCGGUCUCAUUACAGACGGACGUCAGGGCGGUCCAGUUGAUGAGGACCAGCGUGUCGCUCAAUUAAUUGAAGAGAAUGCGACACGAAGCGACGUUGUUUGGGGCUUUGCCGAAGUCAAGUAUAAACAACUUGUCCCAUUAGCGCCUUCAAUGGACCAUGGGCUCGGCGGCGUUCCUGCAGAUAAGAUAGGAUCUGAAGAAGAUGACGGUCUCACUAUAGAAGCAAUUGUGGCAUUAUCGGAGGAGGCUCUCGUUCUCUACGUAAAGGCCCUCUCGCUUCUUGCGAAGUCUAUGGAUAUCGCGAAUAUUUGGUGGACUCGCAAAAGUCGCAAUGAUUCUAACUCUGCACAACACGUCAUUAAUCGUGACGCAGUAAGUGCCCAGAAUCUAAUCACAAGGGUGAACUCUGCCGUCCAAUGGAUCCGCAGACGUUUCAACGAGACUCUAGAGAAAGCUGAGAUUGUACGACUCAAGCUCAUCGAGGCCCAAAAGCAGCUUCCGGAGGAUCACCCAAGCCACCCUGCCAACAAUCAGCUGGAGAGUGUUCCAACGGGCGCCUCUAGUACCGAGGGCAUCUACUUAACAGCUGGUCUCAGUGCUGAAAAGUUGAUGUACGAGAGGGCUCUUGAGAUGAGCCGAGCCGCUGCUAUCAACGAGAUUGCCAAUGAGGAUUUGCAAGGGUGUGAAAUUUCGUACAUCACUGCAAUCCACAUGCUUGAGGCGGUUCUAGACAAUGGCGAGGACUUGGCGAAACGCAGACUUUCCGGAUCUUCGAAGGCCGACCAAGAUGCGAUUCGGGAGGGUGCUUCCGAUAUCAACUCUGAUGAUCAGCAAGCUGUUCACAGUAUGAUCAAAAUGGUCAACAACAGACUUAAGGCCCUUCGAAAGAAAUUACAGAUAAUUGCCAAUGCCUCUAAAGCUCAACAAACUUUACCCCGAAAGCGCAGCGGCGAUGUCACACCGCGGAGCGUUCCCAUAAGUGCUUCGUAACAUAUACGAGCACCAUUUUUAACGACGUAUGACGACACGUAAAAAAAAGAAAAGAAAAAAUUGCACUACAAACAUUUACGCCCCGCGGCUUUUAUAAUUUGUUCAUUAAGACUAAUCCCAAGCCAUAAUUGGCAGUGGCUGGUCUCCUUAUCAUUCCUAGCAGGGUCCAUCAUCUGGCGUUUCGGACGGCAAGUUCACUUCGGUCUCAUUAUAUUUAUAGG